GGGGGCAGGUAUUUUCAGGUGUACAGAGUCUGGUCUCAUCAGGCAAACAAUUUCUGCAUUUUUCUUGGUAGCCUAUUUCACGAAGAAAAGAAAAUAACUGAAAAAUGACUGGACGCGGCAAGGGAGGCAAAGGAUUGGGAAAGGGAGGCGCCAAGCGUCAUCGCAAGGUGCUCCGUGAUAACAUCCAGGGUAUCACCAAGCCGGCUAUUCGCCGAUUGGCCCGUCGCGGCGGUGUAAAGCGUAUUUCUGGCUUGAUUUACGAGGAAACUCGCGGUGUGCUUAAGGUUUUCCUUGAGAACGUUAUCCGUGACGCUGUCACGUAUACCGAGCACGCCAAGCGCAAAACUGUGACCGCCAUGGACGUGGUCUACGCUCUCAAGCGCCAGGGACGUACCCUCUACGGUUUUGGCGGCUAAACACUACGCCCCAUAACGUCUACUUAAUCAAUAACCAUGGGGUUAACUUAACUACAUUCAAAUUUAUUGAUCGAAUUGAUAAUUAAUCAGUAGCAUUCAAAACUAUCUUAACCAGACGCAUGUAUUCUAUAAUUCCACAAAUAUACGGACUUAAUAAAUCCAAAAUAACCGCGUA